GUGUCGGGCUUGGUGCAGUACUGGCCCAAAAAGAUGAAAAUAGAAAAGAAUAUGCUAUUGCAUUCGCCAGUAAAAGCCUGACACGUCCUGAAAGAAAUUAUACCACGCCAGAAUUGGAAUGUUAUGCAAUAGUUUGGGCUGUGGA